AUGAAUGUGUAUGAUGAUGUUCUUGACGCCACUGUUGUGUCUCAUUCUCUAACAGCUCAUUUUACUACUUCUGAUUAUGAGGAACUCUUAGUUGUCAGGACGAACAUUCUUUCUGUGUACAGACCUACCAGAGAUGGAAAGUUGUAUUUGACUGAUGAGUUCAAGCUUCAUGGUUUGAUCACUGAUAUAGGCCUAAUUCCUCAAAAGGAUAGCCCAUUAAGUUGCCUGCUUUUAUGCACAGGUGUCGCCAAGAUCUCUAUUUUAAAGUUUAACAGUUUAACAAACUCAAUCGACACAUUGAGCCUGCACUACUAUGAAGGUAAGUUCAAGGAAAAGUCACUGGUAGAAUUGGCCAAAACUUCCACCCUAAGAAUGGAUCCUGGAAAUGCUUGCGCAUUACUAUUCAAUAAUGACAUUAUUGCAUUUUUACCUUUUCAUACUAAUAAAAAUGACGAAGAUGAUGAUGAGGAUGACGAUAACAUAGAGGAGGAAGAAUUGGUCCAUAACACAGACCAAAAGUCUCGAACAACAAACACUUUUUAUAGGAGGAAAAGAACCAAGCUAUGUGAUAAGUUCACAGUGCCGAGCGUAAUAUUAACAGCUAAUGAGUUAUACGAAGGUGCUAAUAAUAUCAUUGAUAUCCAGUUUUUAAAAAAUUUUACCAAACCAACAGUGGCGAUCUUAUACCAACCGAGACUUGUUUGGGCAGGAAAUUCAAAAGUUUCGAAAUUCCCUACGCAAUACGUUAUACUCACAUUAAAUAUACAAUCUACAGAAAAUUCUGCAAGGAUAGAAUCGACAACAAUAGCGUUUGUGAAAGAAUUACCUUGGGAUCUGCACACGGUCGUACCUGUUUCGAAUGGUGCUAUCAUUGUAGGGGCUAAUGAACUGGCAUUCCUAGAUAACACAGGCGUUUUACAAUCGACGAUAUUACUAAAUUCAUUUGCCCAGAAAGAUUUACAAAAAACAAAAAUUAUCAAUAAUUCCUCAUUGGAAAUUCUGUUCAGAGAAAAAGGCACAACGUCAAUUUGGAUGCCUUCAUCCAGGAACAAAAAGGGAGGAAACAAUAGUGACGAAACCUUACUACUCAUGGAUUUGAAAUCUAAUAUAUAUUAUAUCCAGAUGGAAGCUGAGGGUAGGUUACUGAUUAAGUUUGACAUAAUCAAGUUACCUAUCGUCAAUGAUCUUUUGAAGGAAAAUUCAGAUCCAAAAUGUAUAACACGUUUGAACGCGACCAACUCAAACAAAAAUAUGGACUUGUUCAUCGGGUUUGGCUCAGGAAAUGCUUUAGUUCUUAGAUUAAACAACUUGAAAUCAACCAUAGAAACAAGAGAAGAACACAAACUACCUCCAAACAAAAACAGACUAAUGGAUGAUAAUGAUGAGGAUGAUGAAGAACUGGAAGAUUUAUACGCUGAUGAGGCCCCCGAAAAUGGGCUAACAGCCAAUGAUUCGAAAGGCACUGUGGAAACCGUUCAACCAUUCGAUAUAGAGCUGUUAUCAUCUCUAAAAAAUAUUGGACCUAUAACAUCAUUGACCAUAGGCAAAGCAUCUUCAAUUGAUGAUAUAGUAAAAGGAUUACCAAAUCCGAAUAAAAACGAGUAUUCGCUAGUUGCCACAUCUGGAAAUGGUUCAGGUUCUCAUUUGAACGUCAUACAGACAAGUGUUCAACCGGAAAUUGAAUUGGCAUUAAAGUUUAUCAGUAUAACGCAAAUUUGGAAUCUUAAGAUCAAAGGAAGGGAUAGGUACUUAAUAACAACUGAUUCAGCAAAAUCCAGGAGCGACAUAUAUGAAAGUGAUAACAACUUCGAGCUGCAUAAGGGGGGCCGUUUAAGAAGAGAUGCAACCACAGUUUACAUAUCAAUGUUUGGUGAGGAAAAAAGAAUAAUACAAGUUACCACGAAUCACCUAUAUUUAUAUGACACACAUUUUAGGCGUCUCACCACAAUUAAGUUUGACUACGAAGUUAUUCAUGUUUCUGUUAUGGAUCCGUAUAUCUUAAUCACCGUUUCAAGAGGUGAUAUUAAGAUAUUUGAACUGGAAGCAAAAAACAAAAGAAAAUUGUUAAAAGUUGAUUUACCGGAGAUAUUAAAUGAAAUGGUUAUUACAUCAGGUUUGAUUUUAAAAAGUAACAUGUGUAAUGAAUUUUUGAUCGGAUUGAGUAAAUCUCAAGAGGAACAAUUAUUGUUUACAUUUGUUACUGCGGAUAAUCAAAUAAUUUUUUUCACUAAAGAUCACAAUGAUAAAAUUUUCCAAUUAAACGGUGUUGACCAAUUAAAUGAAUCUUUGUACAUUAGCACUUAUCAAUUGGUCGAUGAGAUUGUGCCUGAUCCAUCAAUCAAACAGGUGAUGAUAAAUAAACUGGGCCAUGACAAUAAAGAAGAAUAUUUGACAAUCCUGACCUUUGGAGGGGAAAUAUACCAAUACAAAAAACUACCACAGAGGCGUAGUAGGUUUUAUAGAAACGUUACAAGAAACGACCUAGCUAUUACUGGUGCUCCUGAUAACGCGUACGCCAAGGGAGUAAGUUCAAUCGAAAGAAUAAUGCAUUAUUUUCCCGAUUAUAACGGCUAUUCGGUAAUAUUUGUAACCGGUAGUGUCCCAUACAUAUUAAUAAAAGAAGAUGAUUCUACACCGAAAAUUUUCAAAUUUGGGAAUAUACCCUUAGUGUCAGUCACGCCUUGGAGCGAGCGUUCAGUCAUGUGUGUCGACGAUAUUAAAAACGCUAGAGUUUAUACUCUAACUAUUAACAAUAUGUAUUAUGGCAACAAAUUGCCAUUGAAACAGAUAAAAAUUAGUAACGUACUUGACGAUUACAAAACUCUACGAAAAAUUGUUUACCAUGAAAGGGCUCAAUUGUUUCUUGUGUCUUAUUGCAAGCGGUUCCCUUACGAAGCACUAGGGGAGGACGGAGAAAAGGUUAUUGGCUAUGACGAGAAUGUUCCACACGCAGAAGGAUUUCAAAGUGGAAUACUGCUUAUUAACCCCAAAAGUUGGAAAGUGAUUGACAAGAUUGAUUUUCCAAAGAAUUCUUUUGUUAAUGAAAUGAGAUCCUCAAUGAUACAAGUUAAUUCCAAAACUAAGAGGAAAAAAGAAUAUGUUAUAGCUGGUGUCGCAAAUGCCACAACUGAAGACACACCGCCUACUGGUGCUUUCCAUAUCUAUGAUGUUACUGAAGUUGUUCCCGAACCUGGAAAGCCUGAUACAAACUAUAAGCUCAAAGAAAUUUUCCAGGAAGAAGUCAGUGGAACUGUAUCUACUGUUUGUGAAAUUAGUGGAAGGUUCAUGAUUAGUCAAAGUCAAAAAGUUCUGGUAAGAGAUAUACAAGAAGAUAACUCUGUCAUACCAGUUGCGUUUUUGGAUAUUCCCGUUUUCGUUACGGACUCUAAAAGUUUUGGAAAUCUCUUGAUAAUUGGCGAUGCUAUGCAAGGAUUCCAAUUUGUUGGUUUUGACGCAGAACCAUAUAGAAUGAUUUCAUUGGGUAGAAGUAUAUCAAAAUUUCAAACAAUGUCACUAGAGUUUUUGGUGAAUGGAGGUGAUAUGUACUUUGCGGCAACCGAUGCUGAUAGAAACGUACAUGUUCUGAAAUAUGCGCCCGAUGAGCCGAAUUCUCUAUCAGGCCAACGUUUAGUUCAUUGUUCUAGUUUCACCCUGCAUUCCAUUAAUAGUUGUAUGAUGCUCUUACCAAGGAACGAGGAAUUCAGCUCUCCUCAAGUACCUUCGUUUCAGAACAUUGGUGGUCAAGUGGAUGGGUCCGUCUUCAAAAUAGUUCCUUUGAGUGAAGAAACAUACAGAAGAUUGUAUGUGAUCCAGCAACAAAUCAUUGAUCGAGAAUUACAAAUAGGUGGUUUAAACCCUCGUAUGGAAAGAUUGGCCAACGAAUUCUAUCAAAUGGGUCACUCCAUGAGGCCUAUGCUUGAUUUCAACGUUAUACGAAGGUUUAGUGGACUAGCCAUCGAUAGACGAAAAAGUACUGCACAAAAAGCAGGAAGGCAUGCACAUUUUGAAGCGUGGAGAGAUAUCAUUAAUAUAGAAUUCUCAAUGAGAUCUUUAUGCCAGGAUAGGUGA